GACGUUUCCCGUGGCUCUUACGAUCCCAACUGCCUCUGCAGCUCCUUUGGGUUUCGCGACGGCUCGCGCGCCCCCUACGGCUCCUGCUACUCCAGCGACCCCGGCGGCUCCUAAGGCUCCUACUGACCCAGCGACUAUGACAGCACAUGCUCCCCCAACGGCUCCCGCUACUCCAGCGACCCCAGCGGCUCGCGCGGAGCCCCAGUCUCGCGCUUCUGUGGUUUUGAUCGACCUCACCGAGUCUGAUGCCGAUGCCGAUGCCGAUGCCGAUUCCGAUGCCGAUGCCGAUGCCGAUGCCGAUUCCAACACCGUUUCCGAGUUCAAGGUGAAGUCCGAGGCCGAUAACGACUCCGACUUCAUGUUGGAUUCCGAUCUCAAUUCCAAGUCUGACUCCGAGUUCGAAUCCGAUCCCUGCGAGGACAGCAUCAUGGACGAUCUCACCGAUGCUCCAGUCCAGCCGGUCGACGAUGCUCCUGUCGAUGCUCCAGUCCAGCCGGUCCACGAUGCUCCUGUCGAGGAGCAUCUCCCUGGCAUCGGGCUCCCAUCCGAGGUCGGUAGCACUGUCAUUUACAGUGGAUCCGAACAGGAAAGUUUUGCAUCCGCCGAUGAGAACCAGUUCGAGCUCGACGAAGACACGAUCGUUGUCGACCAAGGCGAACUUGAAAUGGAGGACGUUGCUGUUGCCGCUGAACCCACAGUUACCCCGACCGCUGUGUCGAGCAAGGAUGCCACCGUCUCCUUGAAGAGAAAGCGCGACGUCCAAGAUCGGGCCGAAGACGAUCCCGACAUCAACUCCCUUCUGGUCUCGGCCAUCCCAUUGGAGGAGAAGAAUUCACUCUUCCAGCAAUUCUUGCAGGGCCAGCAGAAGUUGCGUGCGAUCGACAAGCUGGAGUCUUGUGUUCAGGCUGGCCUCCGCGAUCCUGAGGCUAUCCGGGCUAUGACUCGAGGUUUCAUAGAUAUCAUGAAUGCGCCUAUCGCGGAAACCAAGCCCAAGCCCAAGUCUAAGCCUGCUGCUCCUGUGAUCGAGGAGCUUCCCGACGAACGCUGGUCCUUCCAGAAGCUCGAUGUGGCCGCCCUCAAGGCUGCCUUUGCCGAGCCUGUCGAUCCCAACCCCGCCAACUUCAAGACGGUUCACCAGCUCAUCGACGCCGAUGCUGUGCUCACCGAGGCAAUCAAGUCAGUCCCUGGAAUAUCUUCUGCAGAACUACUGUAUGCUGCAGAUGAAAUUGUGUUCGGCUGGUUCCGUGAGUGGAAAUCCACUCAGUCGAUGCCAGACUCCUGGAUGACGACUGACCUUGUCUCGAUGGAAAGCCUUCCCCGAGCCUAUAUUGCUCAUUGCCACUCAUUCAUUUUGGUUAUCCUUCAUCUGUUCCUUUUUAAGAAAGGACUCGUCAUGAUGUGGGGUGCUUUAUUGUCUCAGUAUCGCGAGAGACUUACGAUCUAGCUAGCGAGCAUCGAAGUUGCGUCACUGCAGGCGCAUACAGUCGACCCAAUACACUAUAUUCAGAAAAAACGGGACACCACAGCCGUCUCCAUGAACAUGUAGUAUGUGAUGGCAUG